AUGGAGCUGGACCUCGGGAAGAGACUGCUAGAAGCUGCCUGCAAUGGAGAGGAUGAAGAAGUUAGGCUAUUAAUUCACAAGAGGGCUCCUUUUACUACUGACUGGCUCGGAACAUCUCCGCUUCAUAUGGCUGCUCAGAAUGGUCACUACGCCACAGUGAAAGUGCUUCUGGAAGCAGGUAUCAGCCGAGAUGCCCGAACCAAGGUAGACAAGACGCCUCUGCAUAUGGCAGCCACAGUCGGGCAUCUGGAUAUUGUGGACCUGCUUGUUCAGAAUGGUGCAAAUGUGAACGCCAGAGAUAUGCUUAAGAUGACGGCUUUGCACUGGGCAGCAGAAAAUAAUCACACGGACGUGGCAAACCUUUUAAUAAAAGGAGGCUCUGACGUCAAUGCACUCAGCAAAUUUGAUAAAAGCGCCUUCGAUAUCGCCCUGGAUAAAAAUAACCACGAGCUGAUGAUUAUUAUACAGGAAGCAAUGCAGGGCGAUAUCCAGGGAGAGUCAUUCGACUCAAACGCAGCCUCUGUGUCAUCACCCGAAUAUGUUUUGGCAUCUAGCGAUCUCACGAGUGUAUCUGACUUUGUGACUGCCAGUGGUCGUGAUACGCAUUUCACAAACUCAGAUUCAGUCCUUGCCACGUUUGCAGCAAUAGCAGAAGCCGCCUCUCCUGUCUCGGCCUCUAACAAUGCCCCACAUUGUGCCGAUCAGGAUAGUUUGGCCGCUUCAGCUUUGGCGUCCAUCCAGGAACAUGUGGAGAAUGGAGAUGAAAGAGUUAUAACAAUCAUAGCAGAUGCCAUUCCAAUAGACGGCCUCCAAGGAGGUCUUACCACCAGCCACAUCAACCAUCCACUGCUGAUGGCCAUUCAGAAUGGGCACCAAGUUAUAGCCGUGCCCGAGGAUCAUGUCAUAGAAGAAACUGUGGCUGCCGAACAGAUGCCUCCUGCCAAAAAGUAUCGUCUUGAGUCCAUUAGUGACGAAACAGCAGAGCCUCAGGACAGCAAUGGUGACCAAGCCAUAAAGGCACUGCAGCAGAAGCUUCAUGAAGCCAACUGCAGAGCCCAAGAGUACCGGCAGCAGCUUAUGGACAAGGAACAAGAGGCUGAGGGUUAUCGGGUCAGACUUGAGAGCUUAGCAGUGCAACAUGUGAAUUGGAGCACUUUAAUGAUGAUGGAGGAGGGUGGCGUGGUAAUCGUCUCCAGCGAGCAAUUGGAGACGACAGAAGUCACCGAGGUUGAAACUGUGGAAUAUCACUGUGACGUUCCCAUGGAGAGUUAUUCCAGUAAGUUUGAUGUUAGUGCAGACGUUAGCAAAAUUGGAAGACUUCUGGCGUAUUUGUACGUUUAA